AUGAGUACUAAAUCUAGAGUAUAAAUCUACGGAGCUGACUGGUGUCCUUACUGCAAUAAUGCACAAAAGCUUUUCACCAACUUGAAUGUUAAGUAUGAAUAUAUUGACACUGAUAAGCAUCCUGAAAAGAAGCAAGAGCUUUACAAAUAACUUAAUUGGGAUACCAUUCCCAUGAUUUUCGUUGACGGAAAAUUUGAAGGUGGUUUUACUGAUGUAUAGAAUAAAUUAAAAAGUGGAAAAUUGCAAUUUGAUGAAGAAGAAGAUUGA